AUGCAACGAAUCACUGUUCUAGCUGUCUUUGCAGCAAUGCUGUGUAUUGUCUCAGGGAGACCAGGCGAUAUCUUUCCUAGAGUGUGGGCAAGCAUCGACUUACAUGAGAUACAAAUGAACAAUGAAGGAACUGAAGGAGAUCGAAAAGAGGCGAGAAACGAAUGGGCAAAGAAGUACGGUGUGGAGAAGCAGUGGAACGAGUUCAUCAAUAAAAGGGCAAGUAUGGUUAUGCAGACCAGAGAACUGCUGGCAAGGCUGCCAGAUUUGUAUGAAAAAUAUCUUGCAACGUGGAACGACGAUCAGCUUUGGAAAAAUAUAGAGGAAAAACAGAAAAGGCUUGCCGCUAAGUACAAAAAGGAGUUCGAGGUCUUGAAGAUUGCGAAGGAAAUGGUGGAAAGAGCUGGGCAUGAAUAUAAAACUGAGCCUCGCCGCAUCAGUACGUUCAGUUCUGUCCUGAUGGGCGGUGCCUCAGUACCGAUGCCAGGAGCCACCUAUCCGCUCACCGCAGAUCAGAUUAUGAGUGCGGUACCGGUUAGGCAUCUUCAACAAUUGGAAAUGUUAGAACUAGGGCUGCGUAGCAUCAAUCGCGAAGCCCCAACUAGAUUUACAAGGAGGAUACUAAGUGCUGAUGAACCUUUGAUCUUCAUCGGGGGCAUUCCUCGUUCUGGAACAACGCUUAUGCGCGCAAUGCUUGACUCACACCCGGAUAUUCGAUGCGGAGCAGAAACAUCUAUAGUACCAGCGAUUGUUGGAAUGAGAGAUCAAUGGUCCACUCCUAAUAUGGCAAAAGAGGCGAAUAUGAGUGGAAUCAGCCAGGAGACACUUGAUGAUGCCACUUCUGCUUUUCUACUAGAGUUAAUAGGAAAGCAUGGUCCUAUGGCGAAAAGACUUUGCAACAAAGACCCAUAUACGGCCAUAGCACUGCCAACAUUCAUCCGAUUGUUUCCGAACUCUAAGCAUAUUCUGAUGAUUCGCGAUGCAAGAGCCAGCAUUCACUCGAUAAUCCAGCGGAAAGUGCCGGUCGCUGGCUAUAACAGAACAAACAUUCCACAAAUGUUACAAAUGUGGAAUACGCAACUUACAAAAAUGGUAAACUUUUGCACCAAUGCCAAAGGAUUAUGUCUUAUGGUGUAUUAUGAACGCUUGGUACAGCGCACAGAAGAGGAAGCACGAAGAAUUUUGAACUUCCUUGAUGUGCCAUGGUCGGAAGAUGUGCUGAAACAUGAAGAGAAGAUUGGCAGUGAAGUGAAAUUGAAUCCAAAAGAAUUUUCUACCUCUCAAGUGAAAGAAAAAGUCAACAAAAAAGCGCUCACCUCAUGGUUUGGUUGUUACUCCGAAGAUGUCCUGAAUAACAUGGACAACCUAGCUCCUUUAUUACUACGGCUGGGCUACAACACUUCAGCACAUGAGCCCGAUUACAAAGAAUUUGCUGGAGAUCCCGAAGAAUUUUAUUCUGUGGUAUACAAGUUCUAA